AUUGCAGAGGUGAUGGUGAAAAAGAACAACAAUCUGCCAUCGAUAUUCCCCAAUGACGACAUCAAACUUUCACCACUUUACGCGGCAAUAAUGGCUGGAAGUAGAGAUAUGGUGCGGUAUUUAUACUCUGUGACUCCUAUUGAAGACUUGGCUUAUGUGGAUCGCAAGGCGCUCGUUAUCGCUGCUAUUCAUUGUGAUUUGUAUGAUACGGCACUCAAAAUUCUGAAUACUCUAAAGUUAGUACCUGAAGAGAAGAAAACACCCGAAGAGGAGCAGUUUCUUUGGUUUUCAUUGGAAAUGUUGGCCAGAAAACCUUCGAAAAUUGGCAGCAAAAGUCAACCAUCAGUAUGGGAAAGAUGGUUAAACUCCUGUUAGUUUAUUUCCAACCCAAACGGCCAAUAACUUUACUUGUCAUGUGUGUCUAUUUAUAUAUAUGGAUAUGUAUAUUUCCGGCAAGUUGUUUUAUUACAUGAAUAAUAACAAUUUGAUGAAAAGUUAGUAUAAGUCACCUUGGAAUGACAAAUUACUUGUACACAACAAGAAAAUGUGUUAAAUCUUAUAACUUCAUCUUAUUAAAUCUUUAGAUGAUAUCUGAUCAGAUAAUUAGCUAUUUAGUAUUUGAAAGGGGUGGUCAAUGAUCAGGCUAGUAGGGCUGCUUGCAAUUAAGUCAAAUUAUUAAUUGUUAAUCGCUAAUUUUUCAAAUUAUACUCCAUUAUAAAGAACUAAAGUACUGUUGCAACAAUUUGAUACAGAAUGCUAAUUAAUGAGCAUAUAUAAUUAACUCAUGAGAAUGUGAGU